GUCCUCUCCCGCUACGGCCGUUCGCGAAACAAGAGCACUUUUCAUUUACAUUAUUUCCUCAGACCCGUCUGUUUUUUUACUUCUCGUUUUCCUCGAACCAACUAUAUAAACUAGACCCCGAUCCCCAUCACAUAUCAAUCGGUGAACAUUGAUCACACCGAAAUGUUCACUAGACGCUCCUUGAUCGUGUUCAUCACCCUGCUGGUCCUUCAGGCCUUGGCCGAGGACCCCGCCUCCGAGCCGCCCCCGACCACCCCCAGUGAUAAAAGUGAAUACAAAAAAUCCUUAUCCAGAGACUGUGCCAACGUGUAUACCGCCACAUGCCUAAAACUAGACAUCGUCUCUUGGGUGGAUAAACUGAGUGAGGACGACGAUUUUAAUGUGAUGCCGGGGGUGUCUUUAGUGCGGGAAAACGGCAGUGCACGCUCGAGUACCGCCGAUAUCGUGGCGGAACUCGCUCGCGAUUUCCCAAACGAUCCGGACGCACGUUUGGACGCUUUUCUUAUGAAGAAAGUGACGUCGUACCUCAACAGCCACUCGGUACGUUUGGACUUGUUCAAUAAGAACGCGGUUGAGGAGGGACGUGGAAGAGGAGGCGGAGGAGGCGGCGGAGGCGGCAAAGGGGGCGGCGGUGGAGGCGGAGGCGGCAUGGGCAUGAUGAUGGCUGCCGGUGCGAUGAUGAAAGGAACACUUAUGGCACUGGCAUUAGGUGGUAUUGCAGCAAUAGCAGGCAAAGCCCUCAUGACCGGUCUGAUCUCGCUUCUGCUCUCAGCGAUAAUCGGCCUCAAAGCUCUCACCCAUCAAGGACACAAAUCCACCACAUACGAGAUCGUUUCCAAACCGAUUUAUACUCAGUCUCACACUCACUCGGAGUCUCACGAGGGUCACGGUGGACAUUAUGGACACUCUUCUUACGGAAGGAGUUUCGAUAUGCCUUUGCCAUUGGGGUUGCGUCCGGAGUAUAAGCCUGCUUAAUUGGACGAAGUGAUGAUGCCAAAUUAGUUUACGGAAUGUUGUUUACCAGUUAAUUAAUUUAUUUCUUAUUUAUUUAUUUAUUUAUUUCUUGGUUGUUUGUGAAAUAAAUUAUGACUUUUUUUAAACGAA